CAUUACUCUUUCUUCCUUCCUUAUUUUGCAACCAUCAGAGGCGCUCCGUUCAAAAUCCGACUGAGCUUAAUUUAAUUAGUAGUCCAGACUGCGUUUUCUUUGAGCAUUCGCAUGUUGAAGAGAUCCUCGAGACCUCUCAGCACCGAGCGCUCACCAUCGGCUUCCGGCGAAUUCUAAUAAUUUUCGGCGCCGAGAAGCUUCAUAACAUCCGUCAACACCAUUUAGCGGCACGACCUAUCUUGAAUAGGAGCAAAUUGGAGCGGAGCGGGGCGUCAAAGACUCUUUAUGAGUUUUUAAUAAACUCGUAGCAACUUUGUCUGCAUGCUUCAUUAGCGACGCAGUCUGGUGUCCCCUGUUGACGUGCAAAAGCACGCGAGAGCUCGCGAGAUCAUCUGGCGCGACGCGAAAUACCCUCGAGCCUAAGAAGUUUUCAGCGAGCAACUCUUGACGAUUGCCAUCCGGAAGUCUGCUCAUCUACGAAAAAAAAUGUCGGACGUAGAGAAGAAUUCACGAACGUCGAUAGAUAUCGAGGCGCGAGAAGCCGCAGUGACGAAGGAAAUACCAGCCGCUCUUCCAGGUCAGGAUGCCGCCGAAACACCAGAACAAGCGGCGAAUUCUGCGCCCCAAAUGCCAGACUUCCCCGAAGGUGGUCGUGAUGGAUGGUUAGCACUUGUCGGAGGAUGGUGCGUGAUGUUCAUAACUUUCGGGUAUAUGAACGCAUUUGGCGUAUAUGAAUCGUAUUACCUUGCCAAUUCUUUACGAGACGAAACGGCGGCGAAUGUUGCGUGGAUCGGAUCUAUCCAAAUUUUCUUCAUGUUCGCAUCAUCGCUUUUUUCAGGCCCGCUGGUAGAUCGAGUUGGGCCAAAUUACAUAUUUACUCCAGCAGGACUAUUCCUUGUUCUUUCUCAGAUGCUAACAAGCCUCUGCAAAAAGUACUAUCAGUUUAUCCUUUGCCAAGGCGUGCUCGGUGGUAUUGCGACGGGCUUUUUGUACUCUCCGGCCGCCGCUGUGGUAGGCCAUUAUUUUCAUCGCAAACGCCCUAUGGCCAUGGGCAUCAUCACCUCAGGAUCGGCGCUGGGUGGAAUUUUAUACCCCAUCAUCCUAAAUCAGAUGUUGAACCACUCCAAAGUUAGCUUUGGCUGGACUCAAAGAACUGUGGGCUUCAUCGGCUUAUUCAUGGUCAUCAUCAGUAUUUUCACCAUCAAGGCGGGUGUUCCGACAAGGAAAGGCACGUAUCUCUUGCCAAGUGCCUUCAAGAACAUGGCAUAUACAUUGCAAAUAGUUGGUUUGUUCUUUUUUUUCUGGGGCAUGUUCACGGCUUUCUUCUAUAUUCCAUCCUAUGCCGAAGCUCAUGGAAUGUCCACUUCGCUCUCGUUCUAUCUCGUAACGUUCCUCAAUGCUGGCUCUAUCUUCGGACGUCUAGCUGCUGGAGCAUUCGGUGUCUUUGCUGGACAGUUCAACGUCCUCAUCGGGUGCUGUGCUAUCUGCACAAUUAUGAUAUGGUCUUGGCUUUCCAUACACAGCAAUGCAUCCAUCAUCGUGUUCAGUAUAUUCUACGGCGCUUUUAGUGGCGGGGCUAUUAGCACGAUGAUCGCUACUCUCGCGUCAUGUGCCCCUGCACCAAAUCAGAUGGGCACCUACAUCGGGAUGGCAAGCGCUUUCAUAGGCAUCGCUGGAUUGACAGGCACACCAAUCAACGGAGCCUUCAUAACGCAUUAUCAUGGAUUCAACGAAGCGAUAUAUUUUUCCGCCGCUUGUGCUUCUUUUGGAUCGGUCAUACUUGUUGGAGCCAGACUUGCAUUCGCACCAAUAACGAAGCUGAGAGCAUGAGCGAAUUGGUUAAUAUCAUUCAUUCGUACUCUUUAUUUGUUUCGUUUUGUUCUAUCGCAAAGAAAAUAUAUGCAACUGGAAGGCAUCGACGGGUUCUGAUACGAACCGAGGAUUGCUCGAUGGCCGCCUAAGAUGUACAAGAGCAAGGGGAAGAUAGACUUAUAGCUUAGAUGAUGCAUAGACAUGCUAUAAGGUUGUCAAGGGCUCACCUUUGGGUUACCUAAUUAACCAAAGGUUGUUCCCAUCAGUUCUUCUAAUCCAUCUCAAGGAAACUUGAAAUCUUGUCUCAGUAGAAAUAUUAUUAAAAGGAACGUCGGAUAUAUUCUUUUAGUGCACUAAAAUGAAUGUCAAAUACAUUUUCCCCCA